GUGAGAGGCUGGUGGUGGAGCAGAGCGGAGUGAAGCUGCUUGGGAACAAACCUGCUGGAGUUUGAAGUGAGAGCAGCCGGCGAACUCUUGCUCCUGUGCGGUUCUUGCUACCUGUUAAACCCGCUCUCUUCAAACUGUCCAACCGUCCGCCCCGGUGACGCGAGCCCAUGGACUACUAAAGACACUUUUAACAACAACUUUACAGCGAGCUAAGCUUGGAACAGUUUCCCUCUUGUCUUCAGCCUGGAGAGCUCGGCAGCAGCUAGCAGCCUGACAAGAGAAAGUGUUAAGCACAUUAACUGAAGGCAGUCGAAAGCACCGCCGCACCUUCGCCCGCACGUCAGCCACAGCCUCAACAGAAGCAGCGACCAUGGGCAAACAGAACAGCAAGCUCCGUCCUGACGUCAUGCAGGACCUGGUGGAGAACACGGACUUCACCGAGCCCGAGAUCACCGAGUGGUACAAGGGCUUCUUGAGGGACUGCCCCAGCGGUGCGCUGUCCAUGGAGGAGUUCAAGAAAAUCUAUGCCAACUUUUUCCCCUACGGAGACGCCUCCAAGUUCGCGGAACACGUCUUCCGCACGUUUGACGCCAACGGCGACGGAACUAUAGACUUCAGGGAGUUCAUUAUUGCUCUGAGCGUGACCUCACGCGGUCGACUGGACCAGAAGCUGAAGUGGGCGUUCAGUAUGUAUGACCUGGACGGCAACGGAUACAUAAGCAGAGCAGAGAUGCUGGAGAUUGUAACGGCCAUUUACAAGAUGGUUUCCUCUGUGAUGAAGAUGCCCGAGGACGAGGCCACACCUGAGAAGCGCACAGAUAAGAUUUUCAGGCAGAUGGACACAAAUCGAGAUGGUAAGCUGUCACUGGAGGAGUUUGUUGAAGGAGCAAAGAGCGACCCCUCCAUUGUGCGACUGCUUCAGUGUGACCCCAGCAGUGCUGGGCAGUAAGAAGCUGGACUUUUCCCUUUUACAAUGAUUAAUUCAACAAAAGUUCAAAAUCUCUCCCGAUCGACCCACCUGAGAUUAUUGAGACAUGAGCUAUAGGGGCACAUGCACAUACACACACAAUCACACAUAAAUGCAGCAGUACAUACAUGCACUUGUAACGCACACAUUGUACAUGCGCCGCUAUGCCAGGUCCAAAGCAGCAGAAAACGUGGGUCACCUACGGUACAAAAAUAACCCGCGGGACUGAAAUCCCAUCAUGGACUUGUUAGACACUGAAUCAGGGCUGUGUUGUCUCUGUUGGAGAAGACAAACGGCGAGGAUAAUCCCACAGAUUCACGAGGAACACUGAGCCGAAUCCAACUUUGCCAUUUUAUUCUUGUCAUUUCUUUUUAUUUGUUAUUUUUGGAAGCAUUCUUCCUGAUUUUAAAUGCUCUGGGUUUUCUCCC